AUGUACCCGCAUGCAAAACGCCGGCGCCUCACGGGUGACGUCUCAUUUCCAACCGACCUCGAAAACGCACCACCACCACCACCACUUUCCUCACCACCAGGCUUCACGCCAACCCUCAACAACGACUGGACUCACACUCAAACUCACACCCACCCACAGCGCCAUGCACCUGCACCUGCAUAUACACCCUCAGACUCGACCGAUGGCCCUGCGUUCCCGUCUCCACUAGGCGCCGCCAGUUGGGGUCAUGACGGUUUCUCGCAUGAUCCGGGGUUCCUUGCGUCGCAAGAGGAGCUGCGAUGUAUGCUUUUUACAAUUGCGCAGUCUGCGGCGCCGACGAGGGCGGCUAGUCCGGAUGCGAAUGGACUGGAUGAGGGGAGGAGGGAAGGACGGUCCGAGAGGAAUAUCGGGCCAAUGCGAUCGGCGCUUUCGAGUCGGAGGAGGGUGGAGUACUUGAAGAAUUACGUGGGACAAGUUGCACCGUGGCUCGACAUGUUCGAUUCCCAAUGCACAUUUCGCGUCCAAAUCCCAGCCCUCGCUCGCACAUUUCCUGCUCUACUCAAUGCGAUUCUCGCCAUAUCCGCUCGCCAGAUGGAGAGGAAAGAGGGUAUCCAGGACUCAUUCGAUAGUAUCGAGCUCUACCAAGAGGCCAUUCGCCUACUCAGUCCGCUUUUACAGAUGCGCGAUCCUAAAGUGAUUGCUGCUUGCGUCUUGCUCUGCUGUCUCGAAAUGAUGUCCGCACGAGCGCAGGACUGGAGGCGCCACCUGGAAGGAUGCACGGCUCUCUUCGACGCUUUUGGAAUCCAUGGUUUCAGUAGCGGGCUGCUGCAAGCUGUGUUCUGGUGCUACGUGCGCAUGGAUUUAUGCGGUGCGCUUAUUUCAGACGGGACCGAGAGCACGCUUCUUCGUCCCAGAAAGUGGCUUGCGCCUGACUGUCACGAAGAAGAUGCAGCCCAGCUUUUCCAGGCAACCCAGUCCCCGGAUAUGCAUGCAAAUUAUGCUGUCUACCUGUGCGCAAAGGCCUGUGAGCUGGUUGCCGACCGUACCCAGUUUCUCGAGCUAGGCGCGCAGAAUGAAUGCACGGGUGACGUCUUCCAGAGGCGUUGGAUUCGACUCUGGGAUGACUUGCAGCAAUGGGUGGAGGAUCGACCACCAGAGUUACUGCCGGUCCAAACCACCCAGACCAAGCCGUUUCCGCACAUCCUCUUCCUGCACUGGGCUGCCAUUUCUUCAAAUCAGCUCUACCAUACUGCAUGUAUCCUUCUGUUGAACAUCAUGCCAAAGAGCAUCAAGUUGCGUUCAGCACCGAUCGUUUCAGCACUGUGGCAUGCCCGGCGGAUCUGUGGCAUAUCCCUGGCGAACCCUCACCAGGGAUGCUUGAACAAUGCCAUCCAGCCUCUUUGGAUUGCGGGGCGCCUUUUCAGCCAUGUCUCUGAACAUGCGAUCAUAAUCGAUAUCAUCCGAAAGAUCGAAGCGGAGACAGGAUGGGGUGCUUGCUGGCGAAUUCGUGACCUGGAGCUUGCUUGGGGUUACCCCCUGACUCGUCGCAGUCGGAAAUCUGCUACACAGCACUCGCCAGCUGCUGGAUGA